GAGGUAGUACGUACACUGGGUUUAACUCAAAACACGAACACCCUCUUGUGUUUUGCGACCGAGACUGCUCAGAUAAGAGAACAUGUCAUAUCCGGUGAACGUCCUACAAGAGACUCAAGCUCAGUCACCGUAUUACUUCUGGGUAUAAUUAUGCUGGGAGUGACUUCAGUGUGUGCUUCUUGUUCCAAUUUUAUUUCUGAUUGUAGCUUACCUUGCGUCAAUCCAGUCUUGGUACGACUGUGCUUCAUUCGGCUUGGGACAUCUCAUAGGAGCACGUGCCUUGUUUCGGGCACGAAGAAUCAAGUGUCAACCCUUGAAACGGAGUCUGAGCUAUUCUGUUCCAUUAUCUGUCCCAGGUUGGGUGGACUUUUGCAGAGAGCUAGGCAUAUUGAAGCUUUGGUAUGUUGGCAUAAAAUACCGGCAGCAGAAGCACCUAGAAGCACAGGAGACGACCUUACUCCAGUCGGCCAUUUUCAGACUCUAGCCAGGGCUUACCAGCUUUCAAUCCUUUUGGAGCUCUAUCGAAUGUCCUGAGUUGAUAUUCGAGGAACCAUCACUGUCAUUAUCCUUUCCUCAGAGGAAGCGCAACUAUAUCUAAAAUGUCACAGUCAACUACAUGGAUUGGCCAUUGACAUUAUGUCAUUGAUCGCAUCCAUCCCCGAGACCUCAGGAACUCGAGCUGUACAAAC